UCUGGGUGACACCGCUGGAAGGAACCUUAAAGUGGUUCUUAAAAACCCAGACAAUAGUCAAGGACAGCCUACAUGUUUCUCCGCGGCUCAGGAAGGAUUAGUGUUAGGAAGCAAUUGGUAUUAGUGUGCUGCACAAUUCACAGAGGCCCCCGGCUUUUUCCUUGUCAGGAGUCGCACAAAUGGAAGAGCAAUAAUAUAUUGUGUUAUACUGGCAUGAGCACAAUGGAGGCAGUAAGUGAAGUUUGAGGAGGCACAUGGUGAUUGUGACAUUUAGAACAACUCAAUGAUACUUCUUCGUGUGGCAUGUCACAGGGAUCGGACAGGGACAGGGACAGGGACCGGACAGCCCACUCUGUCUACCGAGCCACAACCUGCCCCUCAUAUUUUAUGGGAUCUGGAAAACAGGCAGCUACACUAUCAAGCCACCUGCCAAGAUCAGAAGGUUUGAAUCUUUCCACAAAUGCAGUUUUAUUUAUUUAUUUGGCAGUCAUCAGUUGUGUGUGCCUAAAGUCAUGUAAAAGUUCCUGAUUGACCACUCUCACUGCCUGUGUGUGUGCCACACACACACACACACACACACACACACACACACACACACACACACACACACACACACACACACACACACGACCUAAGCCACAGCCUCGUCUCUCUCUGUGAAUGUGUGCAGCAGGGAUGAGCAGGACCGCACCUUCUGAGAGCGCUUCCUGAAACUGGAGAUGCAGGGGUACCAGUAAAGGGUUAGCUUUCAUUGUCUUUGUCUUUUUUUUUUUUUUUUUCCAUUUUCUCCUGUUGCCCCUCCUGCCUCUUUUAAGCAUAGACAGGUACAGGGCGUUAGAAUAUUAACAUACAAUGCUCAGCCAUUUAUUGUUUUACGUAACCCCUGUCACCGAAGCCAGGUACUUAUAGUCACGCAGGGUUAAGGAGAUGAAAGACCUAAAACACGUAGCGCUGGAUUCUCUGCCUCCAAUUCUACGCAAAGUUUCUGCACUUUCUGUGUGUGACUUGUGGAAUUAAGCCGCCCGCCACCUGAGCUCUGAUGACAUUUUUUUAGUUCUGUUGGGAGGGAGAUUAUUUUUUAUUUAUUUUGUAUUCGUUGUCAACAUAAUUACUUCUACAGCAGGCGGAUGGUCAGUCAGGCAGCCAUGCGAGGCCAACGUGUGGUGGAGAGCGAGUGCAGGUGCUGGAACCCGGCCGUUUGGCUCCUGGUGUCCCUGCUCGGGACCCUGGUCUUGGUGGCCUUCAGCGUGCUGAUGAGACUUGGAGACAUGAAAAUAAGCAAACGGACCGUACCCACCAAUGUCGACCAGAGCCCGGUGAGGACGUACUAUGAAGUACAACUGGUGAAUGGACGUACCAGGUGUGAGGGCAGAGUGGAGGUGGGCUUCAACGGCACGUGGGGCACGGUGUGCGACGACGACUGGGACAUGGUGGACGCCAACGUUGUGUGUCGCCAGCUCGGCUGUGGAGUGGCUGUGGGCAGCAGCUCCAGCUCCAAGUUUGGCCAAGGCAUGGGCUCCAUCAAGCUGGACAACGUGGACUGCAGAGGGACGGAAACAGACCUCAGCCAGUGCCGUAGUCUGGGCUGGGGCGUCCACAACUGUUACCACUACGAGGAUGUGGGUGUCACCUGCAGAGAACCGACAUUUCUGGGGAUUAGAGCUUUUGAGGAGCACACCACAGCACCUCACAGCAACUCGGAUUUACGAGAUGGAACCAUACGUUUGGCGGGUGGACAGAAUGCCUGCCAGGGCCGGGUCGAGAUCUACUACCAGGGAAACUGGGGGACAGUGUGCGAUGAUGACUGGUCCCUCAACAACGCCUGGGUGGUGUGCCAGCAGAUCGGCUGCGGUGGGGCCGUCUCUGCGCACAUCAAGUCCUCCUUUGGCUACGGCACUGGAAUGAUUCACCUGGACAACGUCAACUGCUAUGGCUAUGAAGAGGACCUGACUAAAUGCAAAAGCCUGGGCUGGGGCAAACACAACUGCGGCCACCAUGAGGACGCCGGGGUCACCUGCACAGCUUCCACUACUAUUCCACCUGCAGCAACAGAACUCCAGAGAGGGUUCAGGCCAACACUAAACACCAAAGCCACAGAACAAGUUACGGUCACACAGCCGCCAACUACGACAACUCUUGCCACGACCAUCCAGACAAAAGGCAAACCAACCAUUCGUUUGGUGAAUGGUAACAAUAGCUGCCAGGGUCGGGUGGAGGUCUUAUACAAAACCGUUUGGGGGACGGUGUGUGACGAUGACUGGAGCAUGACCAACGCCCAUGUGGUGUGUAUGCAGCUUGGCUGUGGCCCCGCUAUCGCGGCCAAGACCCAGGCCUUCUACGGCUACGGUUCGGGUCCAAUCCUGCUCGACAACGUGGAAUGCAGUGGACGUGAGCAGGAUCUGUCGCAGUGUUUCCACCUGGGCUGGGGUCAGCACAACUGCGGCCAUCAUGAGGACGCUGGAGUUGAAUGUGCACCUUAUGACCCCAAGCUUUUCCUCAUGGGAACCGGUCGUGACUUCAGAGUAACAGAAAAGACACCGGUCACCACCACCAUGCAGCCCACUGAAGGAAUGCUGAGACUAGUGGGUGGAGAGCAUUGGUGUGAGGGUCGAGUGGAGAUGUACCUAAAUUCUGCAUGGGGCACAAUCUGUGAUGACGCCUGGGAUCUCCCUGACGCUCAGGUCGUGUGUCGUCAACUGGGCUGCGGAGAGGCCAUCGCAGCCCGGGGGGAAGCUUCUUUCGGGCCCGGCACCGGAACAAUCCUGCUGGACAAUCUCAAAUGCACCGGUGCCGAGGCCUCCCUGCAGGCAUGCUCCCAUAUAUCCUGGGACGUGCACAACUGUGACCACACUGAAGAUGCUGGCGUCACCUGCUCACUGUCGUGAUUUCAGCAGAACCAUGCUCCCAACUCCACCAUGGGUUGGGAAGUGGGAGUACUGACCUAGGACUUGUAUACAUUAUGUAAAUAACAGCUUCCACAUUGCUGAAGGAAUACUCCAUCAUCAACAACAUACAAAACAACUAAUAUGAUGAUAUAUGAUUACAUACUAUAACUAUCUAUGUCUAUUAAGCACUUUAUAAAUAUAUGAUAUAAAAUACAAUGUACACAUUUUGUAUGUGAUAAAGAAAAACAACGCUUUUAAAUGUCCGUCUCUCCUUUUAUGUUUAAGUAUUUACUGUAUUUACUGCUGUUAUACUUUGAUGUUUAAGUCGGAAAUAUUCUGGAGGCAGUCCAUCCAUUAAUAAAGUAUGUGGAUAAAAGUAAAAUAUUUUUACACAAAAAAACUAUAGAUCCAAAAUUCACAAAUACAAAGCAAGUAGAAAUAUAAAUGAGAAAAAAAUGUACUUUAUAUUAUAAACCAUAAGAAUGCAAGGAAACUUCCGUGAAUAAAUGUGUUAAAUCUUGUGAAUAUAUGA